GCACUACACAGAUCUAGAACGCAGAAAUGGCGGGGACUAACACAAAGCUUUGGUGCAUUGAAGUUACAGAAGAGCAGGAAAUGGUAAUUCGAGCACUUUAUGGGCACAAUGACUGGGAUCUGAUAGAGCAUCCAUACCCCACCCUUACCAAUGACAGUCAUGGCAGUGGAUUGGCAGAAGGGAACCUGCAAGUUGAGCAACAAGAUACGGCGAUGGCAGGGAACCAGUCCUCCAGCAAAAGAACAGGUCGGAAGAGGAAAAACCAACGAGAACUUGGAGAUAAAGAUAGCCAGCCAACUUCAGGCCAAGCUGCGAACAGUACAGUUACAGCAACACAAGUCCAGUCAGCCCUUCAGGUUGGCCAAGCUGAGGACAUGACAAUGUCACAAAGUCAACCUGAGACAACAAGUUCCAGCAGCUCCAGUCAUGAUCAGCCUAGAUCUGAGACAGAGUGUCUGGACUGUUUUUGUGACCCCUGUGUUACAUCUCGGCCACAGAAAUGGUUGGGGAGCGGAAACCCGCCUGGUGCAGGCAACUCGUCACUUCGUAGGGUAUUUUACAAAAAGUACUGGAAGAUGCUAAGUGACCGUUGUGCCUGGUACGACUCCAGGUAUGUAGACAAGAAGACUAGAAUGUGGCAAGCGUACAAGAAUGGUUUAGAUCAAAACAAUUGCUGGGUUCCUGGUAGACACAGUCCUGACCAGCAGAGUGUCAGAGAAAUUAUGCCUGACUGUGUCUUGCGCCAGGUCCGCAAGCUGUAUCCAAAUCCAUCUCAUAUCCCGUACAUGGACCACAAGUUUUUCUGAAAUCUAAA